AUGUUGCUUAGUCUUUAUUGGAAAUCAUGGAGUUUAGCAUGGACAAUUCAAGGCGAGAGCUUUGAGGAGUGUGCGGCGAGAGAACUGAAGGAAGAGACUGGUGUGGAAGUAGACAAGCUCGAGUUUGUGACGGUGACGAACAACUUGUUCUUGGACGAACCCAAACCGGCGCAUUACGUGACCAUCUUCAUGCGCGCGGGUAUGAAAGAUCCCGAUCAAGUUCCCCAGACUGUUGAGCCGGACAAGUGUGAGGGCUGGGGUUGGUACGAGUGGGACGACCUCCCCAAACCACUGUUUUGGCCUUUGGAGAAGAUGUCUGGAGAAUUUUAUGGUACUGAUUCUGCUUCUGUGUUUGUGUUUGUGUUGUUCAUACUGGCUUCUCUUAAUCCAAUUGAACUUGUGAAUAAUUGGGACAUGGUUGUGAGGGUUUAUUGUUUUGUGAUCUUAGUGAUUCUGGUUCAAACUUCAAAGGAUCUGGUGACCCCAGACUUCUAG